AGAAAUAUAUUAACUAUAAAAGGAUAUUUUAAUUAUUUGAGUGACUGAUACAUAUUUUUUAUUUACAUAUCACAACAUCAAGUGAUGAGAUCAUAGUUCUCAGCUGGAUAUGGCUAAUUCUCCUAAAUCUCCCAUCUCAUCUCAUCUCAUCUCAUCUCAUCUCUAUUCUUUGGUCUUCUUCUGCUGGUGACGCCGAUGGCCGCCGGACGGUGUGGCGACAGCGACCCUCUCUCAUUCAGCCCCAUAGAGAAGACUGUCUCCGACCUUCAACUCGCCUUCACUCGGAAGCAGCUCACCUCGAAGCAACUCACUGAGUUCUACCUUGCCCGGAUCGAAAGGCUCAACCCCGUCCUCCGUGCUGUUAUUGAGGUCAACCCCGAUGCCAUCUCCCAGGCUGAGGAGGCAGACCGGGAGCGGCGGCGGCUCGGGAACGCGGUAGGUGAGCUGCACGGGAUCCCGGUAUUGCUCAAGGAUAACAUUGGCACGAAGGACCGGCUGAAUACAAGUGCUGGCUCGCUGGCUCUGGUCGGCUCUGUGGUGGCUCGGGACGCCGGGGUGGUGGCUCGGCUCCGGAGGGCCGGAGCUGUGAUUCUGGGGAAGGCGAGCCUGAGCGAGUGGGCCCAUCUCCGCGGCAGUGAUGCUCCUAGUGGAUGGUGUGCUCGGACUGGCCAGGGCAAGAACCCAUACAAUCUCAGCGCGGACCCAUGUGGUUCGAGCAGUGGGUCGGCAAUAUCGGUAGCGGCAAACCUAGCAGCAGUGAGCCUAGGCACUGAGACGGAUGGGUCGAUCAUAUGCCCGUCCAGCAUGAACGCUGUGGUGGGCAUCAAACCAACCGUUGGACUCACCAGCCGUAGUGGAGUCGUUCCAAUUACUCCCCGACAAGACACUAUCGGGCCUAUGUGCAGAACGGUGUCGGAUGCUGUUAAAGUUCUCGACGUGAUUGUCGGGUUUGAUCCCUACGACGCGGAAGCCACAACGGAGGCAUCAAAAUACAUCCCGGCAGGGGGCUACCGGCAAUUUCUCAGAUCUGAUGGGCUCAGAGGGAAGAGACUAGGAAUUAUUAGGGACCCAUUCUUCAAAAAAUUCUCAAAUGGGUCCCUCCAAGAUAGAGCUUUUGCCGGCCAUUUUAACACUUUAAGGGAAAAGGGUGCAAUCUUGGUAGACAAUAUGGAAAUGGGCAUAAUGAGUGAAGCCUACACCUCCGAUUGGGAGACAGAAGCGAUGAUGACCGACUUCAAAAUAGCACUCAAUGCCUACCUGAAAGAUCUUGUCGUCUCCCCGAUUCGGUCCUUAGAAGAUGCCAUCGCCUUCAACAACGAGCACGCGGUUGCUGAAAAGAUCGAGGAGUAUAAGCAGGACCAAUUCCUCAUGGCCCAAAAGACAAAUGGAACUGAUAGCCCUGAGUACAGAUCAGCACUCCAAGGCCUAACAAACAUCAACACCAACGGAUUUGAGAAGUUCAUGAAGAGGAACAAACUCGACGCUUUGGUUACUCCCGAGUCAGUUGUAACAACAAUUCUUGCCAUCGGAGGGCACCCAGGAAUAAGUGUUCCAGCAGGGUAUAGCUCCGACGGAGUGCCCUUCGGCAUUUGCUUCGGGGGCCUAAGAGGUUCCGAGCCUAAGCUCAUUGAGAUUGCUUAUGCAUUUGAGCAGGCCACCAGGAUCAGAAGACCUCCCCCUUGUUUGGAGGCCCAUUUGGGCAAAUAAUGUUAUGGACCACACGGGUAAAUCCAACCCCUCCGGGCAGCCUUUAGGGAGCUGCCCUUAGGCUAAUGUCAACAGAAGCAUCAAUGCGUGAACAUUUACAAGCGUGUAUCUAUCGAUGCGUACAUCGAAAAAUAAGAAGAACAAUUGAAGUUUUGGCCGUGAGUUACAAUAAUAUAAGGGCAGAUGAAAAGUCGAGUUUCCUA